AUGGCCGCAACAGACGCGUGUAAUGUUGUAAUCAAUGUGUUUGAGAAUGCUCACAAAGUGAGUGUGUCGGCCUCAGAAGACUGUGAAGAGUGUGGAGCUUCUAUCAUUGAUGUGGACUUCAAUAAGGCCAAGUCUCCGUUAGAAGGAGGAGAGACGCAGCACUCUGGCUGUAUCUUCUGUGACCCCCUCCUCACCCCGCUCAUCGAGAGGCACUACGCCGCCACACGACACCCCAAGUUCAAACGUGGAGGGGGGGCGGGGCGUGGGCGGGGCAGGGGGAGGGGCAGAGGGAGGGGGAGGGGGAAACCCAAGAACAAGAUGGACCAGCUGGCAGCGUACUUUGUGUAACAGAAGAUCAGUCAUGAUUGUACAAGUGUUCAACAUAGUUUUCUAAGGAACACAAUUUUUUUUUCCUUUAGGCCACACCCAUUUAAUUUGUUGUUUAUCGGAUUCAUCCUGUCCAUUUUUUUUCU